AUGCGCUUUGCCUUCGUUUUAGUUUUUGCUCUCGUCAGCGGCCCGAUCGUUGCUAGAUGCGCCUCAACGCCUACCGCGUCCACAACAACCCCGGCAGCCAGUGCUUCUACAACUCCAACAUCAAGUCCUUCCACCAGUCCAACGACUAGUCCUUCCACUAGUCCUACCACUAGUACUUCUACUAGUCCUUCCACCAGUCCAACUACUAGUCCUUCCACUAGUCCUACCACUAGUACUUCUACUAGUCCUUCCACCAGUACUUCCACCAGUCCAUCAACAACUACUUCGACUAGUCCUUCCAGCAGCCCAUCAUCGACUACUUCCACAACUACUCCUUCCGACAGCAGUUCCAGCACUACUACUGAUUCAGAGGAAGCCGAAAGACUUCGCGAAAGAAUUAGGCGCUUGAGAGCCGAACGUCGCCGAUUGAGAAAUGAGCUUCGUAAGUCUAGAGCUCGUGCAGCCGCGAUCCGAAGAAGGCGCAACACUGCGGCUAAUAGGCGUCAACGCCAACGCGCAAACAGGGCCAAUCGCCGUGGUUGA